GCUAACCCUACAGUUUAGUUUCAUCCAAGAAAAAUGCAAAUGGGUAUUGGGGUUAAGCUUUGCAUCUUCAUUUUGUUUAACUUGAUCAUCAUUUCCUCAUCUCGUAACAUCAUUUCUCUUUCAGGGGACGAGAUUGUAUUGGCAAUAGAAGGAAGGUCUCUAAUGGCAAGCGUGGACGAUUACGAAGAACCAACAGCGAAUCGUGGCCAUGAUCCUCCUUCAAGGGCUAGAGGCAGUGGCAGCAACGGUGGUGGUCGUGGAGGCUGAGAGGCUGAAUAUAUAUAUAUAUAUAUAUAUAUAUAUAUUCUUGUGCUAUAUAUGUCAAAUAAAGAUGGCAAUUGUAUUUCUCUAAAACUUUAAUGUCCAUCAAGUGUUUUCAUGA